UACACAAAUAAUUGAAAUAUUUAAUUGUAAUUAGGCCUAAUAUGUAAUACUCUAGCUCCAGGAUCGGGAAUUACAGAAUAAAGUGCUAAUGAUUGGUAUGUGGCACAGGAUGUAUAGCUGCAGGUGUUAACAGAAUGAUCAGUGGAGAUAAACCAGUAAACUGUCUCUGCUGAGAAAAAAAGAAAAAAAAGAAAAAAGUUUGUGAAAGUCCUGACGUCACACUCCCACAAUGCUUACCGCCCCAUAACUCCGCUGCAGCCUGAGGGGAGCCAGACACACUCUCAGGCCCCGAAUAUAGAAAAAUUAUUGGAAAAAAAAUCGAAAAAAAUAAUAAAAGGCCAGCCCGCGGGGAGGAAAGCACGCGGAGCGGCGGCAGGGCUCUCGUGCGGCGGGUGUCGGUCCGGUCCGGGAUGGAAGCUUACCGGGGCUCCAUGUGAGCUGACUAAUGCUGUGCUGGAAACUUUCUGGACAGUAAAAAUGCAGAACAGUGUUUCCCACUCACCGCCAACCAUAGCUGUUGGGACUGGGUGAGGAGAAGAGAGAAGAGAGAGUGAAGAAGAGGAGCGAGUGAAGCAGAGAGAGGAGGAAAGUGCGGAGAGAAAGAAGGACAAUAAGUAUUUCAACAGCAGAUUUUGGCUUACCUCGAUGUCCCCGCUGGAUUAUUGGCUCUUCCUGUGAGCUGUUGAGCAUCUUCUUUUUUUUUCUGACAAACCCCCCCACUCCUACGUUGAGCCUGGGGGAGCCACCAGUGGGUUUUCAUGGCUGCGGCACUCUAGGGCUGCCAUGGCAGCUGCUGCCGCCGAUGCCUCACACCGUUUUACCGCACUGACGCCGGAGGAAGAGGGACGACGGACCGCCAAGCUGUUUGGGAGCGCCCCGCUGCCACGGAUAGAGAGAGAGAGAGAGAGAGAGAGGGGGAGAGAGAGAGAGAGGGAAGGAGGAGAGGGAGGGAGAGCGAGCGAGUGUCUGGUGUGCGGGGCCCUGUUGGCCUCACAGGAGAAGCUCCGGCUCCACGCCCUGAGUCACACGGGAGAGAAACCCUUCCACUGCUCACAGCCACACUGCCCCAAGGCCUUCAGCUCCAAAUACAAACUCUUCAGGCAUAUGGCCACACACUCUCCACAGAAGACCCAUCAGUGUUCGUUCUGUGAGAAAAUGUUCCACCGCAAAGACCACCUGAAGAACCACCUGCAGACCCAUGACCCCAACAAGGAGGCCUUCAAGUGUGAGGAGUGUGGGAAGCACUACAACACCAAGCUGGGGUACAAGCGCCAUGUGGCCAUGCACUCUGCCACGGCGGGGGAUCUCACCUGUAAAGUGUGCAUGCAGAGCUACGAGAGCACCCCCAUUCUGUUGGAGCACCUCAAAAGCCACUCCGGGAAGUCUUCAGGCGGCACCAAGGAGAAGAAGCACCCGUGUGAUCACUGUGACCGUCGCUUCUACACCCGGAAGGACGUGAGACGGCACAUGGUGGUGCACACGGGCCGAAAGGACUUCCUGUGCCAGUACUGUGCCCAGCGCUUCGGCAGGAAGGACCACCUGACCCGACACGUGAAGAAGAGCCACUCUCAGGAGCUGCUGAGGAUCAAGACGGAGCCCCCUGACAUGUUGGGUCUUUUAGCCUCUGGGUCUCCACCCUGCUCUGUGAAGGAGGAGCUCAGCCCCAUGAUGUGCGGCAUGGGGCCCAACAAAGACCCCAUGAUGGGCAAACCGUUCUCCGGUGGGGCCCCUUUUUCAAUGGGCAUGUACAACCCCCACCAUCUCCAGACCAUGUCUAAUACUGGGGGGGGUCACCCUCACCCGUCCCUGAUGCCCAGUCCGUUGUCUGCAGCUAUGGGCAUGGGGUGUCACAUGGAAACCCCUGGACCACUUCACCCACACUCCCACCACCACCACCAUCACCACCACCACCACCACCACCACCAUUCCCCCCCGCUGCCCACACACCACCAGUCUCCGGGUCCCCAGCAAGCCCACAAAUACCAGCUGGGAUCUACCUCAUACCUGCUGGACAAGCCCUUGAAAGUGGAGAUGGAGAGCUUCCUCAUGGAUCUGCAGAGCGGCUCUCCGGGCCCGCUCCACUCUGCAGACCCUCACUCUGCUGCCUCACCCCCCAAGGAUGGCCUGGAGCCCACCUCGGGCCUGGUGGACGAGCUCUGCGGGGACCACCUCCUGUCCAAGAGCCCUGCGGUGCUCGCUGAGUCUCUGUGUGCUGCUAACAUGGACUUCUCCCACCUGCUGGGGUUCCUGCCCCUCAACCUGCCUCCCUACAACGCCCCCAUGAGCACGGGAGGGCUGGUGAUGGGCUACACCUCAUCCGCGACCCCCUCGUCUUCCUCCUCCUCUUCCUCAUCUCUGCACGCUGCCGAGCCCCACGGUGCAGCUGUCGCCACGGCACCUUUUACCUCUUUGCAACCGCAACCUCAGGAGCACCAGAGCUCCGGUGGGGUUCUGGGCCUCGGACCCCUGCACCACCUCCCACCAGUGUUCAGCUCCAGCUUUAGCAACACCACACUGCCUCGCUUCCACCAGGCCUUCCAGUGAGAGGCGGUGGAUAUAUCUGGGGCUGUGGUUUGUUUUAAAGAAGUUGGAGAAUCAUAAUAAAUGAAACACGGAUGAACACUUAGAAGCCUUAAAUGAAAGUGCACAAAAGCUUUUGAUUGAGCCUUAAAAGGAAGUUAAACCUCAAAGGAGAAGGUGAGAAAAGAAGUUGAAGCAGCUUUUAUUUGGGCUCCCCCCCCCACCCUAUCCUAUAGUUAUAACCAUGUAUUAAACCAUCCUUUUUAUUUCCAUUUACUUCCCUUUGUAUCCCCCUCCCAUCCCCUAUUUAGUAGUAUAGAGGGCAGGAUCAUCAGUAGGCCAAAAGGCGUGGUACUGCAUACUUUAAGUAAUAAUAUAAAAAAAAAAAUGUAAGAUAAUUUUUUAGUGAAGAUUAUCUGUCUUGUUGUGACCCAGAAAAAAAUAUAGUUUGAAGUGGAUAUUUUGUUUUAUUUUCUUUUUCCAAAUGUAAGAAAAUGGUAGAAUGUGUCUCAUCUUGAGUUUUGAACCUCCCGCUCUAAUAACCUAAACGUCAGGAACAGUGCAGAGAGCCCCCCCUCUCUCCCAGUGAAGGAAUGGAGAGAUUUAGACAUUUAAACAAUGAUUGAACUUAAACUUUAAAAUCCUCCUCCAGACAGCCUGAGUAGAGCCACAAACCCUUCUGCCUCUAAGAAAGUGCUCUUUAAACCAUGAGAUGAUCCCCUAUGAUUUACUUUUACCUGUCACUGAUGCACUCCUAGAGUCCAGUCAGUUUAAAUGAAAAUAGGUCACUAAAAUGAACUCCUAUUAACUCGGUCACACACAUUUUUAAGAAAAAACAAAGAAAGAAUCGUGAGUACAAGUGUGUGUUGAAAAUGAUGUAAUAUCAUGCUGGCUUUUUUACUGUUCCUCAAGAGAAGCACUUUUUUUUUAAAGCAGAAGGCACUUGACCAUUAGGAAUCUCCUUCCUCGUGACUUCCGGAGGUUUCCACAGACGUUCUCCUCACUCUCCUUCCUUCACCUGUCUCCAUCUAACAGUUAUCUAUCAAAGCUCCAAUGAGAAUAAUGCAUAUCGAUAACUUGGCUGCCCAACAUACCUAAAAAUAUAUUUUUGGAACAAACACAUCUUUAGGCAGUCUUUCAAAAAGCUGCUUCAUCAUGGUAAUGAUGAACCCUGACAUAUGUGAAUGGCAAAAACAACAAGAGAACUUCAGUGACAGAUGAGUCAAAAUGUGUUAAAGAAUGUUAUUGCAGUGUACGAAAUAUCUCAAAAAUGAAUAUUAUUAUUGCUUUUAUCUCAGUAAGGUGUAUUUUAGGUAGACAUAUUAAAACUAAGUGAUGAUGUU